AAAAUGUGCUGAAAAAUGAAGGAAAGACCAAACCGUUUCAUGGUUUCAUGGUAUGAUUUAAGUAUUGACAGAACACAUUUUGACAGAACACUCGCUAUCAUUCGUGAUUGCCAGUAACCAAAAAUAGUUUCAUCACCGUUCAAAAAUCAAUGUAAUAGAUAAAAACCAACAGUUUUAUAAUAUUAAUAAUAUCAAUAAUAACAUACGAUAGUUGUAAAACCCAAACAAAAACAAAAAUUUUCGUUCAUUUGUAAAAAGUAUAGAAAAAUGUUGAAAAAUUUUAUAACACGUAAGGUGUACGAUCCAAUAAUUAUAUCAUGUCGUCAACGAAGCUCUUCGGAUCCUAUUCUAGGCUUACUAAAAUCAAUGUUGAAAGGAGUGAGAGCAACUCAAGAGUUUGCGCUAUUAGAACGUGGAGCGUCCAGAUGCUGGGACCUUAAUGGUGACAAUAAAAAUGUUUUUAUCGGUGGCCUUGGACCGCUGCGUUUAGAGGAAAGUCGAACGACACAUGCAGCUCGACUCAUCGACUUUGAUAAUGAGGCCAUAGAUAAGUUACACAUAGAGAUGAAGCAGUGUCCUACGCUGUUGGCUGCCAAAUUAAUUACAACAUUUCCGAAAUAUGCGCUUUCUAGAGACAGAUUGCGCGUUAUAAAAUUAUCAACCAAAAAUUAUAAAGAUCCAAGCCGCGGUCUUCUCGACUGUCUCAUUGCUUGUGAUGCAAUUUGUACCGUAAUACGUAAUAAUGAUGAUUUCGCAUAUUAUUCGGGCGAUGUGUUUAAAUCGGAGUCAAAUGAUAGUUUUAUAUCGACUUUCUUACGUACGGACAACAAGGAAUUACAUGCAUCGAUCAAAUUUAUUGACGGAUAUAUGGAUAUUAACAAUUUGACGGAAAAUGACGUUGGUCUUAUUUACACCGAUACAGAUAUGACAAUGAAUAAAAUUAAAUCACGUCUUGAAAAAGAUUCAUCCAGAUUUUAAUAAAAAACGAAAUAAAAUUGCAAUUCAAUUGAUAAUUA